UCUUUGUCAUCAGUAAAGAGAGACGCACCGACGAUCAGACUGAGUUCAGACCAAACUAGCAGCUUCCUCUGAGUGAGUCCAGCUACAGGAGAGAAAAGUGGAAAACUCCAACACUGCUGCUUCAAGCUGCUGACGCUCCACACACUGAAUCUUCACUCACAGACUCAAUGGCUUCCAGAUCAGAGGAGGAUCUCUGCUGUCCGGUCUGUCAGGAGGUCUUCAGAGAUCCUGUUCUUCUGUCAUGUAGCCACAGCUUCUGUAAAGACUGUCUGAAGAGAUGGUGGAGAAAAAAACAGAUACGUGAGUGUCCAGUUUGUAAUAAAAUAUCAGUGUAUGAUCCACCUUUAAACCGAGCUUUAAAGAACCUGUGUGAGUCGUUCUUACAGGAGAGAGAUCAGAGAGCUUCAGAGGCUCUCUGCAGUCUGCACUCUGAGAAACUCAAACUCUUCUGUCUGGACCAUCAGCAGCCAGUGUGUGUCGUCUGCAGAGACUCAGAAAAACACACCAAACACAGAUUCAGACCCAUCGAUGAAGCUGCACAACAACACAAGAAGGAACUUCAGGAAACUCUGGAGCCCUUAAAGAAGAAGUUAAAGGUU